AUGUAUCCCAAGGACUAUGACAAGCCCCUCAUGACGGAGGACAUCACAAGAUGCCAGCCAACCUAUGACCACCUCAAGUAUUUGGAGAAGCCAGACAUGAGCGUUGGCUGCACAGAUCCUGUGCAUCCUGGCGGUAAGGCUAGAUCUUACUACGCGCCCAUGGAUCGCAGACCCCGGGAUCUGAGCCUCACCACGGCAGACAUCGAGCUGGCGAUUCCACGGGGUGGUCAACAUAAGGGCUUCCGCCUGGACAGCCCAGCUUUGGGGCUACGGGACAUUGAGUACUCAGCUCCCAACUAUGCCAAGGGCACAGAUGGAUCUUAUGGCAAGACCUGUGUCAAGCAGUCUUGUCCCGCUGAGAAGCUCAAGGCGUUGAACGCCCGGCCGCGUUGGGUGCCCAGUUCUGGCAACGAUUCUGAAAAGGAGAAGCUCUUGGGCAUCCAGCUUCCAAGCCUACAGGUGCGUGAGGUGGGACCUGUCUUAGGCUCCACCUCCAAACGCCUGCACUGGGACAAUGGAGAGCCGCAGCUGAGCCUCCUACGGGAGGACAUUGCUGGCACAGUGCCACAGCGCUGGGUUGGUGGGGUGCCAGCCAAUAUCUACGACCCUCCUGAGAUCAGGCCAAUGAUGUCAUUCCACGACCCUCAUGACAUUCCAGGAGCACAGGUGGGCAGCCUGAAGAAGGGCAUAGAGGGCAGCCGGCGCCGUGUGAACCCGCUGAAUCCCAAAUAUCCAAUGCUGGAUGGCAACGCACGGCCACAGCCAGUGCCAACCUUCGAGGCACAGAGGCAUCCCAUGCUGCGCAAUCCUUCGAGCACCUCCAGCAUGCACGGACCCUCGAGGAAUUGA